UUCCCAACCACUUUGCUUAAUGCUGGAUACAGGAGCUGAUCUGUUAAUACACAUUGACAACAGGGAAAAAUCGAUUCGAGUGGCGCAAAAACAACACAGCCUUUUGGAAAGAGGACGACAACGUAAAACAUAAGAUACUUUAUCUGACACACUUGGUUUCUGACAAAACAAAACAAAAAAUAUUUCCGUUUUCUCUGAGUUUUUUGACUGUAACUUCUUGAAGUGAAGAAAGGUCGAAAUUGGACCAGAAAUAACUGUUUACAAGUUAUGGUCUUAAGAGUACUGUACAUCACUGUGUUUACUGGUCGAAAGGAAAAAAAAUGCAAUUGCGUAAUGAAGAACUUAUGCUGAAGUAAGUGAACACAGCACUUUUAUUAAUUCUGUAGCCUACGCAUUUAACGUGUUUUAUAUAUGUGUGUGUGUGGCGGGGGUGAUUAAAAAGCAAUCACUUUAAUGACAAGCGGCAACAUUAACAACACAGGUUUCAGUGAACGGGUUUGAUUUUACUUUUACUGGAAAACAGAAAAGCCCUGAGGGAAAGUGAAAACAUCGCGGCAGGUUCCGGAAGACUCUGUACCUUGUCCAGUGAAAGUGUCUUGUUGUACUCUGAAAUGUCUAAACCGAUGGAUCACGUCAAGCGCCCCAUGAAUGCUUUCAUGGUGUGGUCGAGAGCUCAGCGCCGGAAAAUGGCUCAGGAAAAUCCUAAAAUGCACAACUCUGAAAUUAGUAAGCGGUUGGGAGCUGAAUGGAAACUUCUGACAGAGACUGAGAAGAGACCAUUUAUUGACGAAGCUAAACGACUGCGGGCUAUGCAUAUGAAGGAACACCCCGAUUAUAAAUACAGACCUAGACGGAAACCUAAGACUUUAAUAAAAAAAGACAAGUUUGCCUUCCCGAUACCCUACAGCCUGGGCGAUCACGAAGGGUUAAAGGCGAGCGGCUUACACGGGGGCACCCUGGCGGACUCCUUACUUGCGAACCCGGAUAAGGCAGCAGCGGCAGCGGCGGCAGCAGCAGCCCGAGUAUUCUUCAACCCAGCAGCUGCCUCGAAUCCAUACUCGUUUUUCGACCUGAGCUCGAAGAUGACAGAUAUCUCUCCACACUCAUUUCCAUACGGGUCCCCUCUGGGGUACCCCAGUGGAGGAACAGCUUUUUCCGGGGCAGGUGCUAUCGGUAGUGGGACCCAUACUCACACUCACUCGCAUCCUUCCCCAAGCAAUCCUGGCUACAUGAUCCCUUGUAACUGCAGCGGCUGGCCCUCUCCGGGACUCCAACCACCUCUAGCUUACAUCUUACUACCUGGAAUGGGCAAACCCCAGCUAGAACCGUACCCUGCCUAUGCAGCUGCUUUAUGACAUCUUGGGAGGAAAAAAACUGUAUAAAUGUGUAAAUAUAUUUAGAAGGAAAGUUUAUUAAAUGCAUGUACAAAUAUAGACAUGUGAUAUCAUUUAAUGUCACGUGAAUGUUGCGCGCAAAUUGAGAAUCUGACCCAAUCUAGAAUUGGUUGGCUGUAGAAUAUUUUCUAAAGCUAAACAAAAGUCAAUUAUAAUCUUGUACUGUAAUGAAUUUGUUUGUGACAAAAGUAUUAAAUAAUAUACAAAAUAUUGUAGAAACACAACAAGCACUUGCCUAGAAAUUGUUUAUGCUUCUUUUCAUAAUUUUUGAUCAUUAAACUUUUUUUUUUUUUUUUUUUUUAAUCUGAGACAAUCUCCUGCACAAUUCCAGAAUGUGUAGAUAAUAACCGAACCAUAUGGAUCAGAACUAUACUAGAACGGUUCAUAAUCUCAAUUCGCACGCAACAUUCAUGCCUUUAUGAAAGGCAGUUUUUUAAUAGAAAACACUACAGAUGUAUAUUGCUUUACAGCCUUCACCUGACAAAAAUCUGAACAAAAUGAAGUAUUUAUUUAAUGUUUUCACAUGCAGAACUCUUGUGUAAAUUCCGAUGAUUCUUUGGACAGAAGAACAGUGUGCGAUAUGUGCUAGACAAAAAAGGACUAUGACAUGAGAACAUUUGAAAAAACGAGUAAGUUAUUCGAUUACUACCUGUUGUACAAGCACAUGUAGAAUGGAUUUAAGAGAUCACGUAAGCGACGGCGGCUGAUAAAGACUGUCAAAUACGAUUUUCUUCGAGUUUUUUUUUUCUUUUUUUUCUUUUUAAAUAUAUAUAUAUUAAAAAAAAGACUAACACCAUGCCGCUAACUGUACAAUUUGUGAAUAUCAUGCACGUGGACUAAACAACUAACCUUGCCUAGCAGAAACUAAGCUGAUAUUGUUUAUUAUAGCGUUUUCAGGCACGACUUGUAAAUUGUAAUAUGGAUCGGUAGUAAAGGGAUAUUUUGUUACUUUAUUGUUCCAGUUAGAAAAUGUUCUGUCUAAAACCCUUACUUGGUUGGCUUACAUGUGUACGUGACACUGGCAUCCAGUAAACAUGGUAACUUACAUAUAACUGUUUUAUAGAUGUUUGUAUAUUUAUUGUUUAGCUGAACAUCAUAGUGACCUUUUGUUUUAAUAAGGGCAUGAUCUGUCCUUUAGUAACGUCUGCAUAAUGAACUUGAAGUGCUUAUAGCGUGUACCAUAUUUAACCUUGAUUUGCAAAGAGCCGGUUGCCUUUUUAUUAAAACUGAAAAGGAACAGA